AUGAAUUCACCCUGUAAACGAGCGGGGGCGGGGAAUAAACUGGGCUGGGCCUUCGGACUGGGUUUGGAGAGACUGGCCAUGGUUCUGUACAGCAUCCCCGACAUCCGGCUGUUCUGGAGUCAGGACGAACGCUUCCUCAAACAGUUCAGAGUCCAGGACAUCCAUCAGCCCAUCUGCUUCCAGCCUCUCAGUAAAUACCCCCCCCUCCACAACGACAUCUCCUUCUGGCUGCCGGAUGACGGAUUCACCGAGAACGACUUCUACGAGCUGGUCCGGUCGGUCGGAGGUGACCUGGUGGAGAAAGUGUCGCUGGUGGAUGACUUCACGCAUCCAAAGACCGGGAGGCGGAGCCACUGCUAUCGCAUCGUCUAUCGUCACAUGGAGCGAACUUUGACCCAGCAGGAGGUCGCCGUCGUCCACGGCCAAUCCAACAGGACGCCGGAGAGCGAGCUGGGCGUGCAGGGCCGAUACUGACGAACAAUCGACACGCACACACACACACACAACACACACAGAGGCGUUGAACUCCUCAUCACGGCGCCGCUGUGAUUCCUCGCCGCAGGGGAAACGUGUCAACUUUAAUACAGACGAUACGCGAGUUCUGAGACGCCGGCAGCGAAUCACACAGACACACACGACACACGACAGACACGCAAAGAUACACAGACACACACACAGACACACACAGAGGCAUGAUGAUGCUCAAAGACACACACGA